CUCCGUCUCAUUCAUUGCGUAGUCAUUUAAAUGCAGCCAUUGGCUUUUAAACAUGCCGUUCAUAUCCCGACAUCUAAUACCUCCUCAGACAACGUUCAUCCACAAUAAUGAGUGCCUUCAGGAAACUUAAGGAGAUUGUCCUUGGCCCAAGUGAGGCUGAAUUGUCGCCGGACAAAUUCGAAGAGGCUGCCAUACCCGUCUCCACAGGGGGUUGUAGGUACUGCUCAGAUCCUUGUGACCAAGGACAUGAGGAAUAUCCUGAUCGAUUGGACAUCGACAUGGAAUCACAGAUGCUUGGUUCCGUGAAGCCAUACCGUCGACAGGCAGUGAUUUCAACUGGCAACUCUGAUUGGCCAAGUCACAUCGAAUCGGAGUCCGGCUCCCUCGCAGCCUAUCUCGAGUCUGCCAUUUCAUCCUCUCCGAAACUAACUGUUCCUCCAAUCACACCCGGUACGCCCAGUACCGCCAAGAAAUUGCCUGGCGUCUUUGAUCCCUUAGAGACUUCGCGCAUAACCGUCUUGAACGGCAGUCAUCAUACUGUAUGCGAUGAUGCAAAGGAGACUGUACUUGUGCUUCCCGAUUACAAAGUCGUGGCGGAAGUCGAGCGCACCGCGGAGGGAGCGAAGGACCUGUAUAAAGCUGCACUGGACCCUGCUGUUGGGAGAAUUGGCAGGGUUUGGGACGGAAUGACAGUGAAAUCAUGGAUUCUACCGUACUCAUGCGUGAUAAUGAUUUGUUCGCAUAAGAGGAGAGACAACCGCUGCGGAAUCGCAGGUCCUAAGGUGGAACAUGGUCUAACGAUCGCUCUCGAACGUGAAGGUUGGGAAGUCCAUCGACAACUCGACGACCCUGCCGAUAGCGGAGCAUCUCUUGAAGAAUUUAAAGGAUCUGAUGAAGAGAAAGAUGCAGACAUUUUACAUCACCUCAAGUCUCUGCCUGAACUUAAGCGUGCCUUGAUCGUACAAAAUUCUCAUAUAGGCGGGCACAAGUUCGCGGGGAACUGCAUCAUCUAUUUUCCACAAGGCGUGUCGGUGUGGUACGGUCGGGCAAGCCCACACAACGUAGAUGCCAUCGUGAAAGAGACCGUCAUUGGUGGAAAAGUGCUACCACCACUCCUCCGUGGCGGACUUGGCCUUUCUCGUCCUGGCCAUCGGUCGUUGAAUGAGUGGUAAGGUGAAACACGUCGGCCUAGAACGAAGUAUCUAACGUCUGAAUAUAUUCUUCCAUGUAUUGUCGGUUAUCGCUACCUAUAUAGAGGAUGGCACUGAUUAAUAUGUAUUGUUAAGGCUCUACUCGAGUAUAUAAAACUUGAAUGAGAUGAACAAGCGUCGAUAGGAUAAGUAUCAUAUGCUGGUUGAGAUGGACCCA